AACUUGGAAUCGUACCUAUAUGAAUUCUAAAUCUUAUCGCAUUUGUCUACAUAUUGCGCUCAAUGUGACUGUACUUGAAUGAUAAUACAAUAGGUCGCGAUGAUACUCACGAAGCAAUGCUCUUUACAGAUAUUCUUAUUAGCUGUGAUAUUUUGUAGUCUCGGAGUUUCCGGCCAAGAAUUCAAAUGUCCACCGAAAAAUGGCUUUUAUCCAGAUCCCAUACAGUGCGACUUGUACUACCAUUGUUACAGUGGUGAACUGGAAGAGAAGCUUUGUCCGGACGGUUUAGUGUUCGAUGACUCGAAUCCUAACCACGAACGAUGCGACAUUCCUGUAAAUGUUGAUUGCGUAGAUAGGAAAGAAUUACAGGAACCCAAACCAAGUAAAGGAUGUCCACGAGCUAAUGGAAUUUACAGACACUGGGAUACUCAAGUUUGCGAUAAAUUCGUAAACUGUGUCGAAGGUAAAGCCAACGAAUUACCUUGUCCUCCCGGGCUCAUAUACGAUGACUCAAAAAGCAAUUGCGCUUGGCCAGCUGAUAAUUUAAGAACUGAUUGUACUAAUACCAAAAGAGAAAUCCUAGAAGAUGGAUUCUCAUGCCCAACUGGUGAAGUGGUCGGUCCUAAUGGAAGGGUUCUACCCCAUCCCACAUUUCCUCACCCUGAAGACUGCCAGAAAUUCUAUAUUUGUAGAAAUGGAGUUACUCCACAAUAUGGUAGCUGCUCUGCAGGCUCCGUUUAUAACGAUAUCACCUUCCAAUGCGACGAACCAGAGAAUGUUCCCGGAUGCGAGAACUGGUUCGAAGAAGAAGAUAAAAAUAAAAAUGCAACCAAGAAGACGUGAACUUUAUUCUAUGUAGCCAUUUUCUUAAUAUUACUUUCAAAUUAUAUUAUUAAUUUUUUCUAAU